CAAGAUCUCUGUUCGCUACGAGUAGAGAACAUUUUGUUUCAAAAUUUUCGAUUUUUUUCAUUUUUCAAAAUUAUUGAUUUUGUCGACCCGAUAUUUCUGUAACGAAGCAAUGAAGAGAAAUGUUCUUUUUGCCAAGCAAUUACCCAUGAAGUUUGCUAUAAAAAAGGUUCUUAUGGUUUUUGAAUCCGAUGUUUCCUUUAGUUUCUGCAAUUGUUCUACAAAUGGUCACUCCAGUGACCAAGAGGGGGUAAAGGGUUAAGAAUGAGUAAAAGUUAGAACAAAAGCAUAAAGAGAAAACACUGAGUGUCUCAAUUUAUUUGCAACAUUAUUUAUUUCACAUAUAUCUCUGCUUCAGCAUCUAGUGGUAUGUAUGUUUCAAACGAGAUGCAUCAUUAAAUUCUCUACAAAAGCCUAUUGAGCAUGAAACCCGUUCGUUCUCAAAAGGUUAAAAUAACAUGAGUCCAAAAUAGUCCAGGAUCAAGUACAGUGGCCUAGUAAAGUUUUUAAAUUUAUUUCCCGCUCAUUCUUUUCAUUCUUUCUGUUUGACGAUAUUCCAAGAAUAAGCACAUCGAUAAUAAGAAUGAAACUGAUGUCUAGUCUUUGAAAAACUCUAUUGAUUACUGAUUUUUGACAUUUUUUAGUACAACUUCUUUCACGGUUACUAAUUUGUUUUACAAAGUACCUGCUGAUGUGUUUGUUUAUCGUGGUGUCAUAUAAAAAAAUUGAUGUAAAUCCAUCAUCUAUUUCUUAGUUGAUCUUACUUCACAAGUAUUUUUUAUGCAAAAAGGAUACCUUCGUCUCAGUAUCAAGCAAAAAAAACAGAUAAAUAUUUGUAGAAAAUUGACACGCCGUUAAGCAAUCGAGAUUGUCAGUUUUCAGACGAUUAAGUGAAUUAAUAUCAUUUCUUGCACGAUCAAAACUUGACUGGUAAAACCCAGUGUUCUACGUUGUUUGACAGUGCUGCUUUUUUCCUGUCGAAAGACUAAACUUAACUUAUUCUAAUGGUUAUAUUCGAUAUCAGAAGAAAUAAGUUACAAAAAGCUGAAGAAAUCACUAGGAAACAAAUACAGUUUGUUUCGUGUCAUUGUUUGAUCUUGAGAAAUUUAGAAUCAUAAUCUGUUACAAUGCACCCAACAACUUUUAUCUAACUCAAUUGUUGGAACUUUUAAAACGAAAUUGACAUUCUACCAGCCACUGACGCUGAGAUAAUAAAAAAUGUUGCAAAUACUUUUUGAAACAUUCGAUAAAAGUUGAAAUACAACAAAACAUUCUCUAAGCUUUUAUUUUACUUUAGACAGUAUUAAUCAAUUGAAAUUACUCAAUUUUAAUAAUUUGGAAAAUAUUUCAACAUUACGAGAAUUAAUUCGUGUUUGGUCACAAAUAUGUCGAGAGCUGCAGGAGAAAAAUGAUCAAAUUCAAGAGCAACUUCAAUUGAAUCAAGAUGAAAAACAAACAAUGUUUAAUGCUUAUUACAGUCUAUGUAAUUAUAUACAACAUAUUAAAGAGAAAUUAAUCAAUGUUAACUAUGAUACUGUUCAAAAUGAGUUGACAUAUGAUCAGUUUGAAUCGACAUUUCAAUUGAAUGAGACGGUGAAUAGAUUGAAUUAUGAAAAUCAACAAUUAAAACAGGAUAUCAUCAAACAGACAUCCAUUCAUCAACAACAGCAGCCACAAACAAUAAUUCCUUCUGAUGUGAAUGAUUUUGUUCUUACAUCAAUACCAAAACCUAAUUUAUUAGAUACUUCAAUUCAAACUGAUUCGAUUGAGGAUAACAAGAAUGAGAGCAUCGAACUUAUCAAUCGUUUACAUCAAUUAAAUAGUCAAAUUGAAAAUGAAUUAGACUUUGUACCAUUACAACAAGUUGAUCAACAUCCCUUAGAUAAAAUCGAGUUUUUAUUUCAUCAUUUAAAAUCUCAACUUUUCUCUGAAAUAUCUCGUUGUGAACAAUAUGCACAAGCAAAUAAUCAAUGGCAAACAUAUUUUGAAAAAAAUUAUGCACAAGAAUUUCAAACAAAAUUUGGUCAUUUAUUACCAUUUGAACAAGGACUCAUUGACGAACAUUUGACAUUAGAGCAAUUUGUAGACAAAUUAUUAAAUAUAAUUCAACAGAAUGAUAUUAGAAGUAAACAAAGAGUAAGGGAAAUGUUUGAUGAUGUGGUGCAGUUUAAUGAUUUAAAUGAAGAUGCACUUGAACAACAAUUACAAACAAUUAAACAACAAUUUGAAUAUUAUAAACAAAAGAGCAUACAACCAAUGAGCUCAGAUGCAGUUAUUAAAGAUCAACAGAUGCCACCCAUUGAAGAACGUCUUCAGACUGUUGCAUUGCAAACAAAGGAGAAUGAUGAACAAACGUCUAAACUAGAAAAAGCGUUAGAUCUUCUAAAAAUUGAAACAUCAAAAUUAAAAUCAUCUCAAGACGAAAUUGAACAGUUAAAAUCUGAUCACCAACAGCAGUCCGAGUCUUUAACGAAUAUAAAUGAUCAACUACUUCGAAUGACAUUAGAUACGGAACUACUUCAUUCGGAUAAUUUAGCAUUAAUCGAAAAAAAACAUCAAUUAGAAAUGCAAUUGGAUCAAAUGAAUGAACAAUAUACGUCAAUAAUAAAUAUAAACAAAUACAAUGAAAUAGUAAUUGAACAAUUAAAAUUUACUGUAGAAGAACAACAAAAGAUCAAACUCAAUGUGAGAGACGAAGAAACACAGACGACAAUGGCCGAACAAAAUGAUAUUGCUCUUCAGAUAUCGGUUGAUACGGACGAUCAUCAAUCUCAGACAGAAUUUAUUAAAAAAGAAAAUAAUAAUCAUUACACACAGACAGAUAUUACAAAAUUGCAAAGUACAGAAUGUCAAAGUAAUUUGAUGAUAGAUACUAAUGACCAAGAAACACAAACACAGUUAGUUAAUCAAUUAUGGACGCUGGUAAGUGGUUUUUUGCGAUCUAAUUUUCAUCUACUAUCGAUCCAUAAAUACAGUGCAGAGUGGCGUUUUUCGAAUAACUUUUUAUGGAAAAGUCCUAGCGAUCUACGGUUUUUACCAUCGUGUAGAGGACGAUUUUUGCCCUUAGAAAAAUAGUA